CGCGUAAUCCACAAAUCAUCGAGGACCGCGCUGAACUUCGAUCUGCUUGCGGAGACGAGACUACGCAAGACGAGCUGUGUGUCGAGACCGGCUAAAAAACGAAGUCAUGCCAGAGCAAGGCCUUCGUGACAUUCCAGCCGGUGCGGCUGGUCUUCUCAAGGCUGAAAAACGGCUGCAAGCGUUUUGUUCGAAAUACUUGAAGGAGGAGCGCGAGAGCACAUCUACCAGUAAAAAACAUGGGGAUGUGGAAAGGCAGAAGGAAGACGAGCACUUCAUCGGUCCGCGCACGCGACUAGAGACCUUGUUUUUAGGGUCCGCAACAGCUGCGGAUAUCGCACAAGCGAUG